AUGACGGCGCUUGCUGUUGCGGCGAAAGCUGGUAAUGAUGCUAGUAUCAAUGUAUGGCUUCCAAUUCAUACCCUUCUACCACCGAUCGCAAAGACUAACGAUCACCAGAUCCUCCUCGACGCCGGAGCCGACAUAAACGCCGUCGAUCCUUUAGGAAAUACCCCUCUUCACUACGCAUCCGCCUACGGCCACCUAAAAGCAAUGCGAACCCUCAUGGACCGCGGCGCAAAUUUCGACGUCCGCAAUCGCGAAGGCUGGUAUCCAAAAGACUACUCCUACUCCAAAGCCGCAGAAACCUACUUCAAAACACUGAUCGACGGCGUCACCAUCAAAAACGUGAAUACGAUGGGACAAUACACCCCCACGGCUUCGAACCCAUUCGCUGGAUUAAUGGGUCCAGGGGGUAUAAGUAGUAGCGUUCGAACAGCAGGGAAUUUCAUCCCUAGCGGUGGAUUUGGAAUGGGAGGAAUGGGGGGAGCGCAAACGGCACCUAGUAGUAGGGAUGGAAGUAAACGACCUAAUACCGCUGGAAGUUUUUCUUAUGGUUCACAUUCGAUUAUGGGUGGUAGUACGGCUACUCUUGUUCCUAGUAAUACUGGUGGUGGCGGUGGAACACCUAUGCUCCCUCACUUCGCACCAGCGAUGGGACAACUGGGUUCUACGGUUACAUUGAUCUCAAACUCCGGCACCGCAACACCAAUGGACUACGAGCUCCCUCCCCCCCCCUCACGAGUUCUAAAAUCCGCUGCAUCGAUGGUGGAGUUCUCAAGAAUGGAUAGAGGCAGUAUGACGGCAAGACCUGGGACGCCGCAGAGCACUUAUAGCAGCAAUAUGGGGGAAAGGGAGUUUUCUAGUCCACUUGCUGGUAGAGGGGGGGGUGAAAGAGAAGGGAGGGCAGAUGGCGGAAGACAUAGUGCGGCGGGGAGUGUUAGCAGUUAUGCGAGCGUGGGGAGUGUGGGGAGUAUGCACGGUGGUGGGUUACCGGUUUUGAUGCAAGGACAGCAGAUGCAGCAGAUGGGGCAAGGGCAGCAGCAGGGGAGUGGACAGCACCAACAGAGGGCUUUGUAUGAGGCGUUUACGAAGUUGAGGCCUAGGGCUAGCAGCAAUGGAUAA